AUGGUCAUUGAGACCAGCGGCAAGCUGCUGAAGGGGUAUGAUGACAAAGGGUACAGCCGAGCCUUCAACCGAUUGUUUACAAAGGCCCCGGCAAACGCCGGGUACAACGACGGCUUGUCGGCCCCGCAGCCCGACUUCGUAGAGGGCCUCGAGAAACAAGAGUUCCGCCCGUUCCAGGCCGCCGACUAUAUCCCUGGAGCCACUCUUUAUAAGGACGACCCCCGUUCCAUAACCCUACCGAUGAUUGCUGGAGAAUGGAAGGGCCCUGCUGGGGACAUGAGAGAAACGAGAGUGCAGAGUGCCUACGACGGAGCAGCUCUUGUCCACGCAAGAAACCAAGCACUCGCCUACAUGGGAGGGUCUGAUCCCCCAGGCCACGCAGAAGUCACAACAUUCACCGCAGACGGCACCAAUCUCAACCUGACGGACGGAGACGUCUCAGGAACGCCCAAGACUAUGCGAAGACUCAGUCCGAAGAACUAA